UUUCUAACAACAUGAACGCAAGGUAGCUCAAUGUGCAGGGAAAAUUAAUAUAUAUUUUAAAAAAAUAUAUACACUGUAUAUUUCAUAAUACAAUGUCAGAGUCAAACCCUGAGCUUAAUGAUUAUUUAGACGGUAGAAUUUCCUUCGAGGAGUUCGAGAGACGAAGAGAAGAGCGAAUAAAAGCGAGGCAAAAGGUCCAGGAGGACGCAGGCGACGCCUCGGAUGAGAAUGAUGACGCUGUUCCGAGCACAUCGAUGCAGAGCUGCAAGCGCAGACAUCACACAUUUGGCGCCGAAGAAGGCGUCAGCCCGUGUGUUCAGAAAGCCUUUGCUUCCAUACUCAAGGAGGAAGACGAGGACCUGGAAGAUGAGGAUGAGGACGAUGGCGACGCAGAGUGGAAGGACAUCGGGGAGCUUUACGCGGGCGGUGAUGGCACCGGUGAUGGUGACGGCGACGGUGACAGCAACAAUGACAAUGACAAUGACAUGACCCCGGGGGACGUGUUCGCUCUGGAGAUGGAGCUGAACCGGGAAAAUAAGAAGAUGAUGAAGGACCGGCGAUCCCGCAGUAAGCUCCCGCGUGCGCUCCGAGGUUUGAUGGGCGAGGCUAACAUCCGCUACGCUCGCGGAGAUAAGGACGACGCCGUUCUAAUGUGCAUGGAGAUCAUCCGCCAAGCUCCCCUGGCGUAUGAGCCGUUCUCCACUCUGGCGAUGAUCUACGAGGAUCAAGGUGAUGUGGAGAAGGCGCUGCAGUUCGGCCUGAUCGCCGCGCACCUCAACCCGAGCGACUGCGAUGAGUGGCUAAAGCUGGCCGAGAUGUCGCUGGAGCAGGACAACGUUAAACAGGCCAUCAUCUGCUACAGCAAAGCGAUUAAAUACGACCAGAGUAACGUGCGGUAUCUCUGGGAGCGCUCGAGUCUCUACGAGCAGGUGGGCGAGCACAAGCAGGCCAUGGACGGCUACCGGCGCAUCAUCACGCUGCUGCCCCCUACUGAUGGAGAGCACUUCAUGCAGCUGUCGCGCGACAUGGCUAAGAGCUACUACGAGAGCAGCGACUUGCCCUUAGCGAUCGGCGUGAUGGAAGAAGCUCUGUCCAGGCAUCCUGAGCUCGUCACGCACGAGUUUGUUAACAUGGCGGCCGAGCUCUACAUUGCCAACCACCAUCACGCCAAAGCCUUAGAGAUUUUGAUUAGGUUUUGUGGGAUCGUCCUUGAGAGAGGAGCAAACAAAGAGGAAGCAGAGAAUCAGGAUGAAACAAAGGUUGAGGCUACAGAAGCACAAGGAGAAAUUGUGGACGUGGUGGUGCCUGAUAAUGUUCCUAUAGACAUCAGGGUGAAGCUCAUGGUGUGUCUAGUCCAUCAGAAUGUCAUCAAACCUUUGCAUGCAAUGGUGACGUCUAUGAUGGAGCAGAGUCCGGAGGAGAUGGGUGAUCUGUAUCUGGACGUGGCCGAGGCCUUCAUGGAUAAGGGCGAGUACGGUUCAGCCUUGCCGCUGCUCGCUGCACUCGUCUGCUCUGAGAGAUACAACCUUGCCGUAGUCUGGCUUCGUCACGCUGAGUGCCUGAAGGCCCUUGGUCAUUUAGAGGUGGCUGCUAAGAGCUACAGUAAGGUGGUGGAGAUGGCACCUCUGCAUCUGGAGGCACGUCUGGCGCUCUCCACCCUGCAGCAGCAGCUGGGUAGACCUGAGUCUGCCCUCGAGGCGCUGGAGCCCAUGUACGACCCCGACACCCUGGUCCAAGACUCCUCAGCCGCCCAGCAGGAGCUGAAGUUGUUGCUGCACCGCUCCACGCUUCUCAGAUCGCAAGGCCGAAUCGAUGACUACAUCGACACUCUGCUGACCAUGCUGUCCAUGCUGCUUAAGGUGGCGAUGGUAAGAGCUCAGGUGUGCCUGAUUGCUAACACGUCUACUGGAACUAGGCACCUGCGCCUUAUCAGGGUGUCCAAGAACACGCUGUCUGAAAUCGAGGACCAGGAAGCGGCGUACUUAGACGUGACAGGAAAAACGAGCGUGCUGUCUCGCGAAGACUGGUGGAAUCUGCUGCUGAGCUGCCUUAACACGCUGUGCGAGGAGAAACGCUUUAACGAGGCCGAGCUCCUGGUCGACUCGUCGCUCGAGUUCUACUCGUUCUACGACGACCGCGUCAAGCGCAAAGAGCUCGAGUUCCUGGGGCUGAGCGCCGCCUUCCUGGACCGCAAUUUUCGCAAAGCGUACGACUACAUUAGGUUGAUGCUGAUGUCCAGCGUGGAGCGAACUCAGCUGUGGAACAUCUUCAGCCAGGUGACGAUGCACUCGCAGGACGGACGCCAUCACCGCUUUUGCCUGCGCCUUAUGCUGAAGAACCCGGAGAAUCACGCACUCUGCUUGCUCAAUGGCCACACCUCGCUCGUCUCCGGGACCUUCAAACACGCGCUCGGUCAGUAUAUGCAGGCGUUCAGGAAUCAGCCGUGCCACCCUCUGCACUGCCUGUGCGUGGGGCUUACCUUCUUUCACAUGGCCUCACAGAAGUUUGUCACCAAGAGACACCCGUUGGUGCUCCAGGGUUUCUCCUUUCUGUGGCGUUACGCAGAGUUCAGAGGUCACUGUCAGGAGAGUUUGUAUAAUCUAGGUCGUGCUCUGCAUCAGCUCAGUUUGACCCACUUGGCCAUCCAUUACUAUCAGAAAGCCCUGAGCAUGCCGCCUCUCAGACUGGAGGGCAUCGAGGACGAUCACAUAGAUCUGCGCAGAGAAAUCGCUUAUAAUCUUUCACUCAUAUACCAAGCUAGUGGCAAUAUCGAAAUGGCCCGCUACUACAUACACACAUAUUGUGUUAUUUGAGUGUGUGUGUGGCGGCCCCCCACGACUCACAGGACAAAGUGGUAUAGACAGUGAGUCAGUGAGUUAGUAAGCAAAAUGU